AUGGCUUUCAUGAUGCCGGUAGUGAAGAACGAUUGGGACAUCUACAAGUCCAAUCGUUCCCGUAGAACGUCGGAGUGUUCAAACGCUAACUCUUGUCGGUCCAGAAAAGUGUCGGAAUGCAGGUCCGAGGGGCCGGCUAGCGCGUCUACGUCUCCGGGUUCUGAUUUUAUUAACUCUCCUCACCGGUCUGUACCUGACAAGAUGUCCUCGAGGCAGUACACCAGGUCAAACUCCACCAGCUACUCCAGAACCAGUUCGCAAAGCUUUCAGAGUCCGAUUAAAAGCGCCUCUGGUUCACCACCGAAGGACGGCAGCUCUUCGACGAGUCUCAACAAGUUCCAUAACAGGCUGUUGGACAAAUUGAAGAAAACCAUGAAGAGCGGCAAAGAUGACGAACGAACGAGUUCAUGA